AUGAUUGAUAAAGCGUCCUUGAUAAAUGAAAGUUAUCCAGGUGAUAAUUAAAACAAGAAAAUUUAUUCUGCAUAAACUACCUCUACUUGGAAGGAUUCUUGUUAAUAAAAUAAUAAUAAUUUCAAACUAAGCAACUAAUUAACACAUAAUGUAAAUAAUUUAUAACAAAUGUAAGGCGAUCUUAACGCUGAUCGUCUGGCAACUUCUGUUUCUGAAUAGGGAUUCUUAGACCCAAAGCUCUAUCAUAAUUUAGGCGUAAUUAAUGCAUUAGACAUCUCUCAUAAAGAUGGCCUAACUAUGAUUGCAUCUUCAAAUAAAUCAAGCACAUUCAAUAACAAUCAUAACUCUAACUUUAAUAAUAAUAACAAAGCAAGUACUCCUUAGCAAUCUUAAUUAUUGAAUUUGUAAAAUUAGUAAAUUUGCGAGAAUGAAAAGACAAACAAAAUUAUUUCUAGUCAUAGCGCAUAAGUAAAUAAAGACUAUUGGGGAAGGGGAGAAGAGUAAGAAAUUGAAUUCAAAAACUAACAAGAUGCAUCAAACAGCCACAAUGAUAAUCUUAAAAGUUAACUAACAAAGGCAGAUAUCAAGAGAGAUAUCAUUGGUCAAUGUAAUGUGGAAACUUAAGGCGAUGAAGAAGGCGAAGAAGAAGAAAAUUAUGACUGUGAUGUUGAUGAAGAAGACACAUGUAGCGAAUUCAUCAAAGAACUUCUUAAAAAUGAAUAAAAGCUUACUUAGAAAAUUUAUUGUUCUCAAAUCAAAGCCUUAAAAGUUACAAAAAUAUUUAAUGAUCUUAUAUUCUCAAUGAAAGCUGAGUUAUUAGCUUAUCUUACUCUAGAAGAUAUCUGCUGCUUCAAGAAGGCUCUUCAAUACUACCUAGGCAGAUCAGUUACAAAAGUGAUUGAUGCACAAAUUCUUAAGUUGAUUUGGACUUCUGAGUAGCGUAUUGACAACUAUCUUCUAUGGGAUACUCUAAUUAAUUACUCUUUCAUAAGAUAGCAAUACCCUCACCAAUACGAGAAAUAAACACAAAUUGUAAACGCUGAACAUGAUAAGAACAUCAGAAUGGAUUUAGACAGAACAUUCCCUGAAAUGGAAAUCUUCUAGAAUAUAUAAAAUUAGAAUAAGCUCUUUCGUGUACUAAAUGGACUUUCUUAUUCAAUUAAAGAGAUUGGUUAUAUUCAAGGUUGGAAUUAAAUUACAGGUUUAUUUUUGCUUUAUCCUGAAUUUUCUGAGGACAUGGUAUAUUGGAUUAUGAAUCACUUAAUGCAUAAAGUAUCAUUGAAAGAUCUUUAUCUCUCAAUUUAAAAUGCUUAUUCUACUUCACCUUCUGAAUCCGCUUCAGAAUAAUAGCAUCUUACUCCACAACAAGCCUCAUCUAUUUAAAAUAAUUUAGCUAAUUAAUACUAAUCAAAUAAUAAUCACUAAUCAGAAAAUAGAUACAAGGUAUCUACAAAUAAAUACAACUUCGAUGAUAAGGAAAAUGAUUUCGUUGGAUAUAACAAAAGAGAGGCUGCCCAUUAAAUCAGCUGCAGUACUUUUGAAGACAAGCAAAGCAGCAACUCCUCAGAGAAUAAUUGGGCUAACUCAGCUGAACCUGCUCCCUUAAUUAAACUGGACUUCCUUACUUAUGCAAUGAAAGUCUACAUGAAAGUCUAUCUAAAUAAUGUCUACAGAUAAAUUGAAAAAACAAAUUAUACAAUCUACAUUUAAAAAUGGUUCACUGUGCUAUUUUCUCAGCAAUUAUCUCCAGAAAUUACUCUAAGUUUGAUGGCUGGCAUAGUUCUUCAAGAUUGGAAUUACCUCAUAAAAAUGGCAUUAGCAGUAUUUGAUAUUUUAAAAGAAGAAAUUCUCUUUAAAAGUGAUCCAGACGAUAUUAUGGAGCUUUUUUAUGAUAACUUCAACUUCACAAAGUAACAAGUCUAUAGCUCAAUAUAAAAAUUUGAGAUAACAAACGAAUAACUUUUGUAAAUAAUGCACUUGUUUGAAGAUCAAAGUGACAUAGAUACAAUACAACUAAUUGAUGGCAGAUUCUAUAAAGUUGAACAGAAAUAGCGCAGGGAAUUUGUUAAUAGUGGAAGCUAAAGUGGUAGUUUCUUUGAAAGAGUUGGCAAAUUUUUUUCCUCUUCUAGUAAAUAAGAAACUAUUCAAUAUUUUGAAGAGAGAAGUGAAGUCAAAUACAAUUCCCUCCCCUAAGGAGCAAAAUUAGAUGAAAAUAAAUUUAGUGAAUUGAUACACUUCAACAGAGUUUACUCAAAAAAGCUUUCAAAAGAUUAUUCAAUUUCACCAUCCUAAUAAAACCCUAUAGGAUUACAUGAGCAUAAACCAUCACUCAUUUCGUAACAGUCUUAAAACAACCAAAACAGUCGCCCUUUUUUAGAGUAACGAGCUGAUCUUUGUAGAUAUCAAGCCAACUGCCAAGUUCCAUAGAAUAGCAACUUCAAAGCUUCCCCUAGCUUUACAAUUUUCACUACUGCCAGCUAAGCAUAGCAAAAUUUAAAAAGCUACAGCUAAAACUAAUCCCACACUUAAUUUAAUCAAAACUAUAAACCAUUUCAUAGUAGUAAUUAAAUAACAACAAAAGAAAAGGAAUUUGACAUCACUCUCUAGUUUCAAUCUCAGUGA